AUGGGAGCCGCGCAGGAGCUGCUGGAAGUGCUGUAUGUCCAUGGCCCGGAAAGCGUGCACGUGUUUGGCGUGCGUCCCCUGGUGUCGGACUGCGUGGAGCUCAAGUCCAAGUUGGAGUGCGGAGAGACCAUCCAGUGGCAUGCCUACUCCAUUUACGUCCACGCAGCAGUGUUCCUGAACUUCUUGCAAUGCCUGCCGACUCCACUGCUGGGACACGAUUUUUACGACGACUGGAUGGACGUGGCCGCGUCCAAGAACACACUCGAAACGAAGGCGAAGCUGAUGAGGACGAGCAGGUGCCUGCCGGAGUGCCACCAGGAGCUUUUGCGCCAGUGGCUGCUGGUGCUGCGCAAGGUGUGCCGGGCCGUGCCUCGCAGCCACACCACUCCCGCGCUGGCGGGCCACUUCGUGGGACCCUCGAUGCUGUGGCGACCCGGCGCCAGCUUCGUCGAGCACCCGGCCAAUGGAGAGCACGCCGCGCUCGCCACCGUGGUCCGCUGCCUCGUCCUCUUCCUGGACGACGUGUGGAACAACGUCGACGAGAAGGGACCCAAGGUGGUCCAGCGGUUGAUUUCGAACCCCGCACAGCAGCCCGAUGCGCUACCCAUGGACCACCCAGUGAGCCAGGCGAUCUUCAUGGCCCGCAAGCGCAGCACCCGCGAGGCGGUCGUAGACGCGAGGCCGGAUGCGUUCACGAUGUGCACCGCGUCCCAGUUUGUCGACAGCCUUGAGAGGGAGUCGAGGCGCCAGGCUGAGCUGCACGACAUGAUUAUGGCGGAUUCGCCCGCGUCGUCACCGAAGCCUCCGCAGGUCAAUGCGCUGCACCGGUGCAGCCGGUCAGUGCACACGUGGCCCGGACGCGUCCGGCGCAAUGCCGCAUCGCUUCCGUCCCCUCCGGGCAGCGGCGCCGUCUCCAAGGUGGCCACAUUUCCACGCUGCUCGCACUUGGACUUGGACGACGCCGAGACGGGCUUUUCGUCGCUGCAUGAUGAAGACUACCUGUACCCUGACUGGGCGUUUCAGUAUCCAGAGUGGCACCUGUGCGGGGAAGAGUUGCCAACAUGGGCCAGCCGUUCCUGUUUUACCAUGGACCUGAACAGCCUGCACGACCAGACCACGCGCAAGUGGAUCACCAUCAACACGGCUCUCUACAACCGAACACUGAACCUUCCUAUGCCAGAAGCUCCGCCUGCGCACGACACACUCUCGGGAAUGAGGUUUUGA